AUGGCGGUGGUACAGUUCGGGGACGAUGGCGAAGCAAACAUUUCGAAACCUGUCCGCCGAAUGCGAUGGGCGACACAGCGACAUGCGGGUGCGGGAGGGCUCAAGAAACGAGUGUCCAUUCUGGAUAGGUUCCACCGGAGAGUCGGUUCCAAGGAGGAGAAGCGCAAAUCCGCUCUAAAUAAGGGCAGAGAGUCUCCGGGAGGGAGCGACCUAGGUGAAAAUGACGAGCGGAGAAUAUAUUUCAAUACGCCUAUCUCGCCAGAAGAUAAGGAUGAAGACGGAAAUUUGAAAGCCAAUUACGCGCGGAACAAGAUCAGAACUGCAAAGUAUACCCCUUUGAGUUUUGUUCCAAAAAAUUUAUGGUUCCAAGCUCACAACAUUGCCAACGUUUACUUUCUUUUCGUCAUUAUCCUCAGUUUUUUCCCGAUUUUCGGUGCCUCAAAUCCCGUGUUGGGUGCUGUACCGCUAAUUGCCAUCUUAACGAUCACUGCCAUCAAAGAUGCCAUUGAAGACUGGCGUAGAACGGUUCUAGACAACGAGCUGAAUAAUUCGCCGAUACAUCGAUUAUUAGACUGGGACAAUGUGAACUCGACUGAAGAUAAUAUCUCACUUUGGCGUCGAAUAAAGAAGGCGUCAACUAGGGGAGUGAAACGGACGUGGAAGCUUAUCCAACGUUUGCGGAAUAAAGAGCCCCCUAAAACUACCGAAGAAGCUCCUGACCGGCGUAGCUCUAUCGCGACCUCGCGACGCAAUUCUCUAUACUCACCUAGGACCUCAACCCAAACUACUCGCACUGAAGAAAUAAACGGCGGCAUACCCAUGACACCCAUUCCUUCCCCUUCUUUGAAUAGACGACAGACUGAGUCGACAACGUGGGGAUCCGAAGAGACUACUCAGCCGGGUGAUCUGUCUUCCCUGGCUGCCCCGAAUGGAAAUCCCGCUUCAGCUGCGCACCUCGCUCCUGGGGCUCUUGGUCUAGAGGGGAUACCAAUUGCCCCUAGGAAUUAUGGUAGCGUGGUAGACAAGACGAAGAGCACGCCGGGAACCGCCAGAUUUGGACGUGAUUACUGGAAGAACGUUCGGGUCGGAGAUUUUGUUCGUAUUUACAACGAAGAGCAAAUCCCAGCCGACGUAGUCAUCCUAUCCACGUCUGAUCCGGACGGUGCUUGCUAUGUGGAGACGAAAAACCUCGACGGCGAAACUAAUCUUAAAGUGAGACAAGCCCUCCAUUGCGGGCGCGCUGUUAAGCAUGCAAGAGAUUGUGAGAAGGCUACGUUUGUGAUUGAAAGUGAAGCCCCUCAUGCCAACCUUUACCAAUACAGUGGCGCCAUCAAGUGGAAUCAACGCGAUUCAAAAGACCCAGACGCACCGACGAAAGAAAUGGUCGAACCGAUCACAAUCAAUAACAUUCUUCUUCGCGGCUGUAGUUUGCGAAAUACUGAAUGGAUUCUCGGUGUCGUUGUUUUCACUGGGUUGCAGUCCAAGAUCAUGCUUAAUUCUGGAGUGACGCCGAGCAAGCGUGCCAGGUUGGCAAGAGACCUCAAUUGGAACGUUAUAUACAACUUUAUCUUGUUGUUCUUCAUGUGUCUUAUAGCGGGCAUCGUACAGGGUGUGACAUGGGCACAAGAUAACAACUCACUACACUGGUUCGAGUUUGGCUCUUACGGAGGCUCCCCGCCUGUCGACGGUUUGAUCACCUUCUGGGCCGGUAUCAUUCUCUACCAGAAUCUUGUCCCAAUCUCCCUCUACAUUUCGCUUGAAAUCGUGCGAACCAUACAGGCCAUUUUUAUCCACAGCGACAAUUUCAUGUUUUACGAAAAGCUACAAUACCCUUGCACGCCGAAAUCGUGGAAUAUAUCUGACGAUCUUGGGCAGAUCGAGUACAUCUUUUCGGAUAAAACUGGAACUUUAACCCAGAAUGUAAUGGAAUUUAGAAAAUGUACCGUCAAUGGCGUGGCUUACGGCGAGGCAUAUACAGAAGCACAGGCCGGCAUGCAGCGGCGAGAAGGAAUCAACGUCGAAGAGGUUUCGAAAAGGGCGAAGGAAGAGAUUGCUAAGGACCGUGUGUCUAUGCUUCUGCAACUUCGGUCAAUACACGACAAUCCAUAUCUCCAUGACGACGAACUCACUUUUGUUUCAUCGCAUUAUGUUUCCGACCUUGCCGGCGAGGCUGGUAUUGAACAACAGAAGGCCACUGAACAUUUUAUGCUCGCGCUGGCUUUAUGCCACACCGUUAUCACAGAACGAACUCCUGGCGACCCUCCUAAAAUCGAAUUCAAAGCUCAAUCUCCGGAUGAAGCAGCCUUAGUUGCCACUGCGCGUGAUUGCGGCUUCACCGUGUUGGGAAGAGUAGGUGAUGAUAUCAAGCUGAACGUUAUGGGAGAAGAAAGGUCCUACACGGUCUUGAAUACCCUCGAGUUCAAUUCAUCGAGGAAAAGAAUGAGUGCGAUUGUUCGGAUGCCUGAUGGAACAAUUAGAUUGUUUUGCAAAGGUGCCGAUAGUAUCAUUUAUUCUCGACUUGCACCGGGUGAACAGCAAGAGCUCAGAAAGAAGACAGCGGAGCAUCUCGAGAUAUUUGCAAGAGAAGGCCUUCGAACACUUUGUAUUGCCGAACGCAUACUCAGCGAAGAGGAAUAUCAAACGUGGAAUAAGACACAUGAGCUUGCGGCUACUGCCUUGGUAGAUCGAGAUGCAAAACUUGAGGAGGUUUCAAGUGCUAUUGAGCGCCAGCUUACACUACUUGGAGGCACUGCCAUCGAGGAUAGAUUGCAAGAAGGUGUACCUGACACUAUCGCUUUGUUGGCAGCUGCUGGAAUUAAGCUUUGGGUGUUGACCGGAGAUAAAGUGGAAACCGCUAUUAAUAUCGGCUUUUCCUGCAAUCUCCUAACGAAUGACAUGGAACUGAUCGUCUUUAAUAUCGAUAGCGAUGACCCAGAUUCGGCGUGCAACGAGCUUGAUAAACACUUAGCCGAUUUUGGCCUCACUGGCUCCGACGAAGAGCUCGCAGCAGCUCGCCUACACCAUGAACCGCCAGAUGCAACCCAUGCUGUUAUCGUCGAUGGUGACACACUGAAGCUGAUGCUGGGACCUCAAUUGAAACAGAAAUUCUUGUUGCUAUGUAAACAAUGCCGAGCGGUUCUUUGCUGUCGAGUUAGCCCAGCUCAAAAAGCUAGUGUGGUUCAGCUUGUGAAAAACGGACUAGAUAUUAUGGCACUUUCAAUCGGAGACGGCGCUAAUGAUGUCGCUAUGAUUCAAGAAGCAGAUGUUGGCGUUGGUAUCGUAGGCGAAGAAGGCAGACAGGCUGCGAUGUCGUCUGACUACGCUAUCGGGCAGUUCCGAUUCUUGCAGAGAUUGGUCCUGGUGCAUGGUAGAUGGUCUUAUCGUCGGUUGGGAGAAACGAUUGCCAACUUCUUCUACAAGACGCUUGUUUGGACAGUUUCGCUCUUCUGGUAUUGUAUAUACAACAAUUUCGACUUAUCUUACCUUUACGACUACACCUAUAUUGUCUUAAUCAACUUGGCUUUUACUUCCUUGCCCGUGAUCCUGAUGGGCAUUCUGGAUCAGGAUGUUGAUGAUAAGGUGUCCUUGGCUGUUCCUCAGCUUUACAAGCGAGGCAUCGAGCGUAAAGAAUGGACCCAGCUCAAAUUCUGGUUAUAUAUGCUUGAUGGUUUCUAUCAAUCAGUGAUCUGCUUCUAUAUGACGUACUUAUUUUACCAACCGGCCCAGAACGUAACAGAGAACGGCUUGGAUUUAGCGGACCGCAUGCGAAUGGGAAUUUUUGUUGGAUGUAGCGCCGUUAUUGCUAGCAAUACCUACAUCUUGCUGAACACCUACCGAUGGGAUUGGCUCAGUGUUUUACUUAACGUUAUCAGCUCUCUCCUAAUCUUCUUUUGGACCGGUGUUUACUCUUCGGUUUCUUCGUCUGGGCAAUUCUACAAGGCCGCCUCUGAAGUUUUCGGGGGCCUUCCCUUCUGGGCUGUGACAUUGCUGACAGUUACAAUAUGCCUGGCGCCACGAUUUGCAGUCAAAUCCUUCCAAAAGAUAUACUUUCCACGCGAUGUCGAUAUCAUCCGCGAACAGGUAGUUUUGGGCCGUUUCAAGCAUCUCGAAGAUUACGAGGCGUAUGUUCCUCCCACUGCAGGGACUCUCGCGCUUUCGAAUUCAAAUCUAGACAAGCCGGUUGAAGUGACGACUACCAAGAGGGCAACAGAUCUACCAGAAGAUGAGCGUCCGAUUUAUCCUCCCUCGGUGGCGCCUACGGCGAACACGCAUAAUCCACGCAGCCAGAACGGUAGUGACGGUACUGGCUACACGGCGAGUUUAGAUCUCCGUCACCAGCCUCAACACUCACUUGAUCGUGCUCGGCAGUCAUCCGACUUCCGACAUUACCCACGCCAUUCUGUCGACCGGGCGCGACAGUCUUUCGACAUGCCAGCUCGGCCCUCGACAGAACGGGCGAGAACCAGCUUCGAAGCUAGUAACGAUUUCACCUCUGCUGCGAUGUUGGCACGUAUGGAAUCUAGCCAUGGCCGAUACGAUCCACAGGGCCACAAGUCGAUACCGGAACACUAA